CGAGGACAUUUGGACAACUGCCUAGAAGAUCUGGUCACUUUAGUAGCAGUUGGUGCCAGAAAUCCCUCACAGUCUGGAAAAAGGAGCAGGACUUCAAAACAGACAUCGAAAACAAAGAUGUAAAACUCGAAUCAUCAGGAUGCAAUAAGGAUAACUCCUGAGUCUUGUGGUUUGGCAUACUUCGACACCAUGGCAACAUUUUACAGCUGCCUGCGAGGAAAGAAAUAAGAGAUGAAACGGCGGACAUCAUCACCCAUCUCUAGCACUGGAGGCCCUCCAAGCAGUGAUUGUGGCAUCAUGGCUUCAGGAUCUGCAGACGCCCCCGCAGCCCCUGAGUCAUCAGAUGCACCAGAGGAGUGUCCAGGUGGAAAAAAGAAAUCCAAGUUUCAGACGUUUAAGAACUUUUUUGCAAAGAAGAAGAAGAAAGAGGCUACAGGUCCAGUGGCAGAGAGCGAAAUCCAGUUGAAAUCCAGUCAGUCCAUUGAAGAUGUUAACGUUCCUGAGCCGACUUCCAUCCACACCGACAAAGACAGUGACUGCAGUUCCAAUAUCAACGUAGGAAGCAAAGCCUUGUCAAAGGACAGUGUCUUCACCUCUGAUCCACCCUCUCCUGAGACAAAUGAAGCCCUUCAGUCCUCACAUGACAGCAUUCAUGGCAAAGUCAAAUCCUUACAGAUGCAGCUGAAACAGGCGAUCAGACUUGGCUCUCCUCCAGCGGUGAUCUCCAUAAAGAAGAGUGAGGACGGAGGGGUGGUUUCAGAGGAUGAUGGUCUGCCCUGCAGUCCCCCAGAGUACUCCACAAUCCACACCGUGCUCCCAACUUCCUCUCAGAGGUCGUCAGGUGUGGUCCAGAGGAGUGGCUCUCUUAGUCUGGAGGGAUCAGACAGCGAUGACGACCAGAUGUCUGGGGCUUCAUCGAGACCAGGUACCCCACAAACAUCUAUUCCUGUGGACUUCAGCGAGCCAGCCAGCUCCCUCUCCUGCCUGGACUGUUCUGCUGCCCACCAUCGCAUUGCUGUCAAAUCCAGAGCCUGUGCUAAAAGGAAGCCUGCUAGUAGGGAGAUGUUACAACCCAAGAAAAGAGACCUGAGAGAAAGAGUACUGCUUAGAGACACAGAGGACAAACUGAGAGCUGCAAGAACAAGCACAGGAGAGGAAGAGAAUCAAGAUGAAGAGGAGAUCAAUGAAGUCCAGCACGACUUUCCAUUAAGAGCAUCUGUAUCAGCCGAGGAUGAGGAGGAUCUUCUCAAAGAUCUGCCAGCAUCUUCUCAAAGAUCAUCUACAACAACUUCCGGCUCAGUUGAGGCUUUUGAGGAUGACGAAUGUGUUCCUGACAAAGAUCAGGUCACCAGCUCUGGGAUCUUAGAAUCCUCCUGGGAGAACCCAGUAACACUGGAGCUCCAGACUGAUGACUUUCUGCUGGAUGGAGGAUGUGAGGUUGUCACUAAAGAGCAGGGUUCGCUGCUGGAAGAAGUGCUGAGUUCCCUGAGGGGCCCGCUUGUGUCAGGCCUGGUGCUGGAAUCCGUGGCUACAACUGAACAUAUGGAGGUUAAAGACACAGCAGGGAAAGACGUGCUAGUUAACCUGGAUGCGGACGGUGCAACAGAACACCCUGACUCCACAGAUCCGUUGUCAGUCCUGGAUGACCAGUUACCUGUUGAAAACACUCUUUCUGAAUCAGUCACACUUCUACAAGAGGCAGAGUAUGUUGUACAGGAAGAAGAGGUGCCAGAGGAGCAAGAGUUUGCUGAGGAAGUCCACUUUGAAGAAGAUCUGCGAUUGCAUGAGGGCAGUAUUGAGAAAGAAGAGUAUGAGAUUGAGGAAGACCAGGACAACGGGAAAGACUUGAAGGAGGAAGUACCUGAAGAUCAGGAGAUAACGACUUGUGCUGUGGAGGAAGCAGUCAUGGAGCAGGAGGAUGGGGACACAGAAAUGGAGGAAAAUAUGGAUGAGGAAGAGAAGCAGGAGAAUGAGGAAGAGGCCACAAAGGAAGCUGAUCAAGAGGAAGAGAUACUGAUUGAAGACAACAAAAGCGAGAAAGAUGUUGAGGAAUUAAAUGAAGAAGAAAAAGAUGAUGAUGAUGAUGAAGAUAAUGAUGAUAAGACCAACUAUCAGUCUUAUCCAUUAGAGGAAGAAGAACAAGAGAUCAAAUUAGACGCAGGCAUUGAAAUUGAAAGCUUCCAUGAGAAUGACGAAGGUAGUAUCUUGGCAUCAACAGAGGUUGUGAACCAGCCUGAGGAUCUUAUAGCACAGACGUGUAUUGAGCAACCUCCUUUUGUGGUCAUGACCUCUCUUGAGCUCAGUUUUCCCAAGAAAACCUCACCCCAGCCUAAGGAAACAGAGCAUGUUCUUGAAAUUUUGCAGCAUGACGAUCUGGAACAAUGUGAAGAUCAGUCCACAGAAAGUCUGCAGAUCGAUGAUGAACAUUUUGAGGAUGUUGAUCAAGGGGAAGUGCUGUCUGGGAGUCACCAGUCAAGCACCUCUGAAAGUGCGGUUGCUAAAGAAUCGAUUCAAGAGCUCUCAUACUCUGUGGCAGAUGAUGAACCUGUAUUCAAUAAGUCCUUGAGAGGAGAUCAGUCUUCUGUUUCCAUGACAGCUGAGCAAUCUGCCAGCCAAGAGGAGACUCCGAGUCUGCCAUCAUCACCACUCCAGAGGGAGAUAUCCCAAGCUGAUCAGGACACAACCCCAGAGAACCCCUUUGGAGUCAGACUGAGAAAGACACCGGUUCUGCACCGCUAUGGUUCAGAAGGAGAAACUCCAACUCCCAACACAGAGCAUGUGGAGACACCAAAGUCACCGUUCUUAGAGCAACUUUCCAGGAAACCCAUUUUGCCCAAGAAGCCCGAUCAGGUGGCUGAUGGUGUUGGUAAACCCAAAAGAAGCUCAGAUCUGGCUGGUAAAGCAUCAGUAGAAAGCUCAGAGUCUCCAAUCUGGAUCUCUUUGGCCAGACAGAAGCAGAAGGUCUUCAAAGAGAACUCACUGGACGAAUCACUGGGUGAGACCAAGGUCUUGACUCAGGAGGAAUCUGACACAAAGGGUUUGUUGGAUGAUCUACCAGGUCCGGUUACCAAGGAGCAGCUAAAACCUGCCACUUCUCCAGUUAAAGUGUCAUGUUCUUUAGAGAUAUCCAAACCAGUGCUGGUGGAAAAGGAGAAAAGGAGCAUCAGCCACUCAGUUCCAGCUCCUCUAACCCAGGAUGAGCCUCCAUGGCUGGCGCUGGCCAAGAAGAAAGCCAAAGCCUGGAGUGAAAUGCCUCAGAUUGUGCAGUAAAGACCAAGAAAACACCAGGCUCAAAGCUUCCUUCCAGGACAUUUUGCACACACACAGAAAUGAACUUAUCCAGAAUCUGAAAUGUCUCUAGGUUUCUCAUCUUUCUUUUUUUGCACACAAAUACACACAUCUACCCAGACUUCUAAAACGAUUUAAGUAAUAUAAUCAGAAUUUGUGUCCCCAUUCUAACAUCCUUGGGCACUAAUGGUUAAAAAAAGGACCAGUUUUAAUUGUUAAUGCAGUUAAAGUGGACUUUAAUUAAACCUUCUUCUUUUCUGAAGAAUUCGUUUCCAUGCUCAUUUUAAUCAGUAAUACAUCAUGUAUAAAUAUCUUUACUUUUGUGCCCACGAAAUGAUCCGUUUCUUUUCGUAGUAAAGUAAUUCUAAAGUAAUUUUCGUAUUUAUUUAUCUCAUGUAAUGUUUUAUGCAGUGUUGUUCUAUUUUUGUAUUACCUUUACAGUUGU